CCCCAACCACAACCACGACAUUUUCAUAGACACUUGUGUUGCGUUGUGUGUAUAUAUAUAUAGAGAGAGAGAGAGAGAGAUAGAGAGAGAUACAUAGAUAGAUAGACAGACUCCUCUUCUUCUUCUGAUAAUGGGUGCGUAGUUUUAUCCGUCUUCUCGUCGACUAGCGCACGUUAGUGAUUUAUUAGGUUCUUUUAUUCCGGUGAUGCUCGGGGUACUGUGCGCACGCCCCAAGCCUUGGAUCCUCGUCUCCCUCUCCUUCUCUCAUAGCUCGGCGGCCCGGCUUGCUGUAACCCCUCUAAGGUUUGGCGGAGGAGAUCAGCAUCCGCCCCGACGCCACCACUCUACCGCUUGCCGGCUCCUAGGCGGCGGCUUGGGUGUUGGCGCGGCUUCCAUAUGGCACGCGAUUCUUCCUUCUGGCGCCGGCGGCUACAUGAAGCCAGCGUUCCACCACGAGCCGAUGAAGGGGGAAGGGUCGUGGAACGUCGCGUGGGAUAGUCGGCCCGCUAGGUGGCUCCACCGACCUGACUCGGCUUGGCUCCUCUUCGGCGUCUGCGCCUGCCUCGCGGCGCCGUUGGAGUGCGCCGAGUCGAGUCCAGAAGCUGUCGCGGUUGGCGUCAAUCUCGAAGAUUGUCGUAAGGAGAUCGUCUUCUCUGAAACGAACGACGAGAGCUCUACUAAUUACAGACUUACAGGGGUGACAGCUGAUGGUCGAUGCCUAUUUAGAGCAAUAGCUCAUGUGGCUUGCUUGAGAAACAGAGAAGCUGCUCCUGAUGAGAAUCGUCAGAGAGAACUAGCUGAUGUUCUGAGAGCUCAGGUUGUGGAUGAACUCUUAACGAGACGGAAAGAGACCGAAUGGUUCAUUGAAGGAGAUUUUGAUGCGUACGUGGAAAGAAUUCGACAACCUUAUGUAUGGGGUGGAGAGCCUGAGUUGCUGAUGGCAUCCCAUGUUCUCAACUUCCCCUUCCGCAGAAGGAAGUUAAAAAGAGAGAAACAAAGUUCCAGACUUCAACCAAUUGGGGCUUAUCCCAGUUCACCAGAACCCCUGCACCUCACUAAGAGGUCAAAGAUCCAAGUCGACUCUCCCCCUCCCUGGCUAUGACCUCCACCCCAAAAAAAGAAAGUUCCAGACUUCAAUUAGGAGAAUUGAACCAAUUAAGUUAUGCUUCAAAUUUUCAGCACGAUGAUGAUGUUUGGUUCAUUUUAUACACUUUUUAGUGAUUCUGUUUUCUUAUUUUCUUUGCUGACGAUGGGUCUCCCUUUCUUGAUUCAACUACGUGUUUUUUGAUGUUGUGACAAUGAAACAGAAUCAUAUCAGAUAGGAAGUGUAGUUCUGUUAUUUUUAUUUUAUUCCCUCACGCCACCACUUGCCUUCAUAUUUAUAUUAUGUCAGCCUCUUUUUAUUUGUUGUGGCCGCAUGACACCGAUAUCUGUCUUCGUGAUUGAUAGAAAGAUAAACACAGUUCUAGACUUACCCAACUGGGACUAGCCCAGUUAACUAGAACGUGCACCACUUCAAGUCGACUCUCCUCCUCCCCUGGGCUAUGGCCUCCAUACUUCGAUUAUGAGAGUUGACCCAAUUAAGUUAUGCCUAAGAAUUUCAAAUGAUGAUGAUGUUUCAUUUUUUCUAUACUCUUUUUCAGUAAUAACUCUUUUUAUUUAUUUA